AACUAUUUAAAACCAAAAGAAGCAAAAAUGACAGAACUCAAAUGGAUAUGUAUUUCAUUCUCACUAACACUCUUGCUAAGCUUAGCAGUUGAAGGAGCCUUUAACAUAAACCAGAAAUGGUCUGGUGGAAGUCAUUUUGGUUACGAGGGCGGGUUCUGUUUUCCCGGUCUCUGCAUUGGAGGAUCUGGUGGUAGUAGAGUCCAUUAUGGCAGGGACCAUUACGGUGGUGGAAGUCAAUAUAGAGGUGGUAUUGGUUACAGAGAGACCAUGUACUGCAAACCGUUGACUUGUUAUGGUGGCUCAUGUGAUGCACUCCAUUUGCAUUUAGACAAAGGGUUAUAUGAAUCUCUCAUACGCAAUACUAAGACAGCGAAACAAUCGUCGACUGUUGAUUUCAACAUGCCAGAGACUUUGAAACACAAUGUCAUCAACAAUAACUAUGAGUUUAAGAUGGCGAAAGAAGCUGCAAUGGCACCACAGUCUAACUAGCUAGCUAAUGAAGUUGAGUCUUUAUUGUAUAGUAUGUAUCAAUAAACGUAACGGCCUACGAAUCUCAUCAGACUGAGAUGGUAUCACAAGAUUAUAGUUAUAAACUUAAUUAUAAUGUAGAAAAGGAAAUCAAAGCAGUAAUAUAUAUGCUUGUUCAAUAGCAACUAUAGUGAGUUACUUCGUACAUAUAAAAAAAAAUAGAAAUAGAGAGAAGCUUCAGUCUCCUCUGUUAUUGGC